CUGAUACUGUAUCUCACUUGGUCGUAAAUCCAGCACGCCAUGCAGGUUCUUCGCGGCGCCGCGCAACAUGGCCACUCACAGUUGGGCACCUCUCAGACUAGAGCUGCGCGGUCAACUAAACCCUGCGUGCACAUGAGCACGAGCGUGAAAUCGCAUGCAAGUCAUGUGAACAGGCAGGAACUGGCGCCUGAGGCCACAGCUCGACCUGUGGACGCCGUGGACGCUCCGGCCCCCACCCCCGGAGUCCCCACACGGCGCCGCGGGCUGCUGCUGUUCGGCCUGGCCAGCGUCGCAGCAUCCUGCUCUGGGCUAGACCUGGCGGCCUGCGCAGCCGAGGGGAUCACCACGGUGUUCGUGGCGGGUUCCACCGGCAACACGGGCCGGCGGGUGGUGCAGCAGCUGCGGCAGGCGGGCUUUAAAGUGCGGGCCGGUGCAAGGUCCACCGCAAAGGCCCUGUCGCUGGGCUUUGGCGCGGACGCCGGCAUUGAGGUGGUGGAGGCGGAUGUGACCAAGGGCGUCGAUGAGCUUGUGGCGGCCAUCGGCAGCGCGCAGGCGGUGGUGUGUGCCACAGGCGCGGUGGGCUUCGGGUCCAACGGCGCUGCGGCGGUGGACGAGAAGGGCACCAUCAAGCUGGUGGACGCCGCAUCAAGGGCCGGCGGCGUGACUAAGUUCGUGCUGGUGUCGAGCCUGCUUACUAAUGCCUCGGCGGUGGGGCAGUCCAACAACCCCAACUACAAGUUCCUGAAUCUGUUUGGCGGUGUGCUGGAUGCAAAGCUGCGGGCGGAGAAGUACCUUCGGUCGAGCGGCAUUAACUACACCAUCAUCCGCCCCGGCGGCCUGUCCAACGAGCCCGAGUCCGAGGUGGGCAAUGUGAUCCUGCGGCGCGAGGACUCGCUGUUCGGCUUGGACAGCGACCCGGGCCGCGCCAUCUCCCGCGACACCGUGGCGGCGGUGGCGGUGCAGGCGCUGCUGCAGCCGGCCGCGUCCAAGGACAAGGUGGUGGAGAUCGUCGCCUCACCCUCCGCGCCGCGACUGAGCCCCGACACCUGGUUCGAGAACGUCUGAAGAAGCAGCUGGCUGCCAGCGAGCAUGUGGGGCCUGCAAUUGUAAGUCGGGGCACUCGCUUGCCAUCGUACGAGGCUUUAACGUCAUGCAGCGGGAGGGUCGUGCUGGAGGUGGGCGUGGACGGAAUGAAGCGAGUAAGGCGGGGAACAUAGGCUGUGCGCUCGGGCCCAACCACAUGGAUAACCUAGCUUGGGGGUGGUAUGCUGCAUGCUUCAUCAUGAGGGGUGUUCCAUGGGGGCGAGUGGGUUGGGGAAUUGGGCGCGAGCCCUCCAGGCCGCGUGUGGUCCUGGGGGAGACAAACCGCCGCUGCUGAGCUGUCCUCCCGUGUGGCCAGGCUUCGGCGUAGUGCGGCGCUGUCCUGAACCCUGAGCUCACAUGCCGUCAUGCGGUUGGUCAAAAUUGAUGUUUGGUGAGGUGCGUUUGAACGCCAUUGCGCUGCGCGUGUGAGGGCGUGUGCGGUUUUGGCGUGCACGGCCUCAGCAGCUGUGCCGAACGUCUGACCACUGAAGCGGCCUUUGUUGCUGCCACUUUGGAGCGCUGCUGCCGGUAACGUUGCGCUGGUCGAGUAGCGUUCUGAGGUUCGACGGUGUUGCGCGUCGGUCCUGAGCGAGCCCGCCGAAACCGCUGGAUUCCUCACUCGUGGGAUUCCAGCGGGGCGAUCUGCGAAUGGCAACAGCUUGUCCUCGAUUGUAAAUUGCUGUAAUGAAAGGGUGAG